GGACCCGGGGCGCCGGUCCCGGGAGGCCGGAGCGGGCAGGGAGGCAUGAAUGAGAGGCCGGAGGAAAUCGCCGCUGAAAGGCUCGCGGCGGAAUAGCUCUGCCGUCGCCAGGCAACCGCCCUGACGCAACGCAAAAAAAAGUCCCUCGAAAAAAGAAUAGCGCCGAGAAUUCACAGGCAGAAGCACCGGAGAAAAGGAGGCGGGAGCCUGCGAGCUGCAGAGGCCGGGCCGGAGGAGGCGGCGGGGACCUCGGCGACACCCCCGAAGGGGCCUCUGGGCGCCCCGAAGGCGUGGACAUGGAUGCUUUGGACUGUCAACGGAGGAGCAGCUAUUAGCACUGGUCACAGCAAACCGAGCUUCACUGGGAGACCGUCCCCAAGAGACGUGGACCUUGCACCACCUGUAUGCCUCUCUUCCUGGAGAGGAGGCAGUUCCGGGCCUGCUUCCCGGCCGUCUCUGCUCUGCGCGCUGCCAGCACCCUCAAAGAGCUUCUUGGCUACGCCGCCCCAGAGAUUCCUGCCUCCGCGUGUCCGCUCCUGCCUCUGUGAGCAUGGCACCCACAGGCUUCCAGGACGAAUCAUAGACCCCAAGCCUCCGCAGCAGCUGCAGCUGGGCAUUCCCUGGGGCUCACUCUGCAGCCCCUCUCAGCUCCAACCAUCGGAGACCAGUGCCCACCCUAGAGAUGCCCUCGGGAGCUGUGGCCCCAGCUGGAUGAGGCCAUUCCAGAGCGGGCCCCACGCUUGCUGCCCACCGAGCCUCCCACGCCGGUCCCCGCACCUCUGGUAGGGCUGUGCUGGCAGACGCUAGCAUGUCUGUACCCCAGAUCCAAGUGGAAGAAGUGGAUGGGGCCGAGGAGCCAGUGGGAGCCACGCCUCCUGAUGACCACCUGCGAAGCCUGAAGGCCCUCACCGAGAAACUGAGGCUGGAGACGCGCAGGCCCUCCUACCUAGAAUGGCAGGCCCGGCUGGAGGAGCAGACGUGGCCCUUCCCGAGGCCAGCUGUGGAGCAGGAGGCGAGCAUGGAGCAGGGGGCCCCCAGGAAGCAUCCCCCACCUGCCGGGAGUGCCAGCCAGGGCGCUGGGCCCCUGCCCACCGGCAAGUUGGAAGGCUUUCAGAGUAUUGAUGAAGCGCUCACCUGGCUCAGGAAGGAACUGAUGGAGAUGCGGCUGCAGGACCAGCAGCUGGCCAGACAGCUCAUGCGCCUGCGUGGGGAUAUCAACAAGCUGAAGAUAGAGCAGACCUGCCGCCUCCACCGGAGGAUGCUCAAUGACGCCACCUACGAGCUGGAGGAGCGGGACGAGCUGUCCGACCUCUUCUGCGACUCCCCCCUGGCCUCCUCCUUCAGCCUGUCCACGCCACUCAAGCUCAUUGGUGUCACCAAGAUGAACAUCAAUUCCCGGAGGUUCUCUCUCUGCUGAGAAGCCCUCAGAGGGGGCCAACAAACCAGAACAGAGGCUUGUACAGGCAGUGUGGGGAGGGGACUGAGACCAAGUUACCCGGUGGGUCCCCCCAAAGGCAGGGCUUCCUGUGACAGGUGAGUUGUAGGUCCCCAGGACUUGUUGCAAGGUGCUCUCUCAGGGGCCCCAGCUGUGGAUCCCAGUGUCUCCAUGACUGGCUCUUACUUAAUGCCCAAAGAGCUCUGCAGAAGGGCCACUGCAGCCGGAGUUUAAAUCAGAACUGGGUUCCCAGCCUGAACCCAGUGGCCCACAUUCCUGUUUCCUGGAACCACUGGUGCUAUGAAGCUAUGAACUGGGAUCCCAAAGCCCCCCCACCACCACCACCACAAGUCAUUUCCGUCGCAGAAGGCUCUCCCCCAGGGCUCUGGGGAUUAGAGACGUUAGAUUACCGAGUACUGGGUUGAAUUACCUUAAGUAGGUGACUCUGAGUCACCAGAAAAAGGAAAACCAAAAGGAAUGACCAAGUGGCACUCAGGGCUGCAGGCUCCGCACCUGGCAGCCAGCACUCCUGGUGAGCGUUGCACUACCAGCCCUCGACCUUGGCACUACGAGGCCACGGCUCCUGCGUGUGCCAGGACGUGAUGGCCGCACGCUAGCAUUGUGUGGGUGGGACAGAGAUACCCCUGUUUCCACUCCUCCCCCCUGCCACAUGCGCCAAUCACAACCUCCAAAGAACCCCUUCGCUGCCACCCCACAAUUCCAGAGGGCGUGCCUGGGAGACCAGUGGCCGGUCAUGAGUGGAGUUUCCAUAACUGAUCAUCCUGGUGGUGGAGGGAGAGCAGAGGCCUCCGGUGCAUUCUGAGGGUGUCAUCUCUGUCACCUCAUUGGCCUCCCCAGAAAGACAAUCUAGGGAGCCCAGAAGCCUGUCCUGAGCCACCCCUGACAUCUGUGCCUGACCUAAACAACUACUUUCAGUGGACCGAGACUGUUACUAAUGUGUUACUAACUUGUUAAGAACUUUGAUUUCUGUCCAGGUGGGAACGGUUGAGUAGGUCACGUACAGAGUUUCCGAUCUGAUUUUAGAGUUGAGGAUCAGCAAGUCCAGAGCACAGCAGGUUCGGGAAGUUAACCUAGGGAAGUUAACCAAGCAUAACACCCCAGGGCAGGGAUUCCUCUGCAGGGGCCAUCCUAAUUUAGAGGCUUUUUAAAUCUUUAAUGUCAUCUAGUGGAGGCCUGUCAUUUAAGGAGUAGAGUGAAGCCUGGGGACGAGAAUGACUUUCCUCGGGUUACAUGCUAUUAGUGGCUAUAGAAUAUUGAUGUGUGAAAUCAUUAUCCAUGCCUAGAACUCAUAUCCGUACCUCAAACCCCAAAGGCGAUCCUAAUGCUUUGCCAAAACCACAAGCUGCCAACCCCUCUCCUCUCACCUUAGCUGGGAACCGAACCUCCCACUUUGCAAUUCAGAAUAUGUAGGUGGAACACAGUCCCCGUUUGGAUGGUAGAUCCACAAAGCACUGUUACCAGUCACCAUUUGGUAGUCUCAGUAUGGAGUCCUGCCCCAACAUCUGUGAUUCUACUUCCUGUGUAUCUCAGUGGGGUUCGUGUGACACCCACAUGACCCACGUGGGGAGGAGGUGGUUUGGGAUGUGUCAGCUGAGAACUGGAAGAUGCAAGCAAAUCGUCCUUAGUAGACAGAGGGGACUCGGUCCCUUCCUUGUGCUUUGAGAGCUGGAGGGUUUGUGUAUCCUGCAAAGAAGGUAGGAUGAGUAAGUGAAGAGGAGCCGUGCGCCCUACUUUGUGCAGGGACGUCCAAGCCCCAGGGGACUCGUCCACCACCACCCUCCUCAGAGGCCAGGCACGAGCACUGCCAAGCCCUGAAGAGGCAUUUCUGACCCACCAGCCUCUUCCAGACGAGAUCUUGAGGUCAGAGGCCAUCCAUCACCCUGGUGCACACACACCCACCCUCUCACACUGAGAGAACAUGACCAUAAACACCCUCGAACUCAUGCAGGAAAGCCCAUCCCAUAUUUUGAAAACUUGCCGAACGGUGGAAAGCAGUCAGGACAGUAACUGAGAAAAAACGGACCCAGUGAAAGUGGAACAGUUUAGUGGAAUGUAACAGUUUAGUCGAUCUAUUUGAAUUCGUUGAAUGCAGUUUCUCGGUGCACCCAGCGCUUUCUUCCUGUCUGUGUUCUCUGAGAUGCGCUUUCAUGGAUAGGUGUGUCUCAGCUUAGAUGUCUCAGCUCUUUUGCUCGGUUCUUCCCAAGUGAAUUUUAUUUUAGGAUAAGGAGGGGAAAGAGAAGUGGGGACGAGAGGAGAGAGGCGGAGGGGAAUAGUCAGCCGUGUUUUCUUCCACGUAGUCCAUGUCUCUGUUAGCACCUUACUUCGCAGUGAACCCAACCAGCCAAGUUAUCUCCACUUUGUGAAGUCUCUGCCGUGUGUGAGUCAAGAGAUGUCUAUGGUCAGCAGUGAUGUUGGGCUAAUCUCUGUCCUCAGCUCCCUGGGGCAACUUGCUGGUUUACCACGUGUGUAUAAUACUGUUUGCAGUUUUCCUCAUUAUCCAUCUCUCCCUCAUUCCCAAGGGUCCCCGCUGCAAAACACAGUCUCCUCUGAUGCUGCAGCGUGUGGCAAGGUCAGAUGCCUUCAUGGGCUCAGUAGCAAUCACAGAGGCCUGGGGGCCUGGGCAGGCUUGACCGUGGCCUAACCUAGCCUAAUACCGACUCCCUGUAGCAAUACCAAGUGCUAUUACAUUAUCGAUGGACA